AUGGAUCAAGACUUAGACGACACUCACCUCUGCAUCAAAUGCAGUCGAACAAUUGUGGGACUAGACAACUAUAUACAGCAUCGUAAACAAAAUUGCUCAAUUCCUACAACUACCUCAUCCGAACAAACUACUAAAAACUCGGCCACAACUACCACCUCAACACAACAGCAACCUGCUGUUGUUACGACAGCCAUAGCGGAAGUUACUCCGCCCAUAAACUAUGAACCAUUUAAUUUCAGUGAACCGGCAAAUCCUCCCAGUCAUGGUGGCAAAACUUCUAAGGCCUUGGGUUACGAUUUGCCCUAUGAAUUGGAAGCCGAUGUAUUUUUCUCUUCACUACAAUUGCAAAGUGUACAAUCAUCAGUGGGGCCAUCGACAAGUGGUGGUAAAACAGGAAGUAACCAACAACAAACAGCACCAUUGACGCGACAAAAAUCUCUGCAACAGGAAGCGGAACCAGCUACAACUGCUGAGCCAAACUGGAUUAAUGCCCAAACAGCAGAAGCCCCUCAGCAAACUAGGGAACAUUUCCUAAAGGCGGUUAGUUAUAUGGGAGAAACUAAAAAAUCAUAUGAGACAAUUUUCAAACCCAUAACAUUCGAACAUGAAUCUCCGGAAGUGUCCGAAGAAGAGGAGGAAGAUGAAGGGGAUGUUGAGAUGGAAGAUGAUGAUGAAGAUUAUGAUCCCAUGGCUGAGGCUCAUGGUUCCGGGGGUAAAUGGAAAUUACCCCUUAUAACGCACUCACCCCCAGUGGUGCCUGUAUCUCAUACGGGCGGCAAAUGGAAACCAGAACAUCGUCCCAAUCUUAGAGUGGCCCAUUCACAACUUUCUAGAUUAUCACCCACUUGGGAUGAUCACAUGGAAGAUGUGGAUGCACAGGAGGGCCAACAUCCUCCAGCCGAUCAUACCAAAGGUAAAUGGGUGCCUGGUACUAAGCUACAGAGACUGGAAUAUAAAGAAGUGGUGGAAUUGGCCAAAUGUAGUAAUACAAUUCAGGAUUAUUGGUGUAACAUUUGUUGUCGCAAACUAAAAAGUAAAAUUAUUUAUGAGAAUCACCUGAAGUCCUCCUACCAUUUAAAAAGAUCAGAGCCAGAAGUACAGCUGGAAAAGGCCGCCAUUAAUGAGUUGCCUAGAGCAGACAUAAAUAAAAGUUUUUCGGUUAUGGAGUUCAAGCCUCUCUCAAUUACACUCUCUACGAAUAAUAAAAAACGUAAGAGAAGAUCUACUUACUUGAAAUGUAGUCUCUGUAAAUAUGUCAUGGUUAGGCAUUUAAUAGGAAAACAUUUGAUAUCCCACUAUCAUUAUCGGCGCAUGCAGCUACAUCCUGGUAUAUCUUGGCAUAUGAUCCUGGAUAAUAUUCAUGCCAUUGUCUUGCAGUCACCAUUUCAAUGUCGUCCUUGUCGUUUCUAUGCCAACACCGAGGAGGCUUUUUUGCUGCACUGGAAUUCAGCUUCGCAUUUGGAUGCCUCUGAGGGACCAGGACGCUUCUGGUGCUCAUAUUGCCAAUUUGAAUGUGAGGACAAUAAUCAAAUGAGAAGACAUCUGCUGGGACCGGAACACAAAGAAGUACUUCUAGCCAUUAAUCGUUCUGUGCCUGUUUGUAUAAGCAAGCGAUUGAGUUUAGAUUGUCCGAAAUGUGGUCAGGCAUUUCGUUUUAAUUUUGAACUGAGACGUCAUAUUUUACACUUUCAUCGUGGCAUGGAAUUUGUGGGCUCAGCUUCGGAUGUUUAUCAGUCGAAAUUUAAGUGUGUCUCAUGUCCGGAAGUUUUACCCUCAAAAAUUGCCCUGCAAAGACAUGGAAAAUUUAAGCACAGCGUUUCCAAAUAUUUCUGUUCCAUAUGCUCUUUGGAAUUCAAUAGUCCUUGCAAGGCGAGAAGACAUCGUAAGACUUUAGAGCACAAGCAAAAAGCUUUAGCUUUAAAUCUGAAAAGAAACAAGGAAGAAGAAACGAAAGAAAUGUUUGAAUUGAAAACAGAAAAGAGCCCAACUAAUCACAGCAAAAUUAUGGAGUUGGAAGUUCCUCUACUAGAUGAAAAGCCUAGUACAAGUGAACAAGCCAAACUGAAAAUUUCAAAGCAAACUCCCUCUCCAACUGAUGCAACUUUUAAAUGCCAAGAUUGCUGCUUAACAACUACUUCAGAAGAUAAGCUCCAACUGCAUUGCCAAAGAGAGCACAGCCAUUCACAACACAUUUGCAUAUUGUGCAGCAAAAGCUUUGCUACAGCCCAAGAACUAGGAAGGCAUUCCAGAGUUUGCAAACCUACAACUAUUGUCGCACCCGAAGAGAUCAAACAGGCCUCACAAUUAAGCGAAACCAUAACCGAACAAGGAGAGAAAAUCUGGCCUUGUGAUUUAUGUGAAUUUAAAGCUCCUUUCCAAUCAGAAAUACUUUAUCAUCGCGUCUUUCAUUCCUUUACCAGCGUGGCUAAGAAUCAACUACUUCCCUGCCCUCUAUGCGAUAAAGCCUUUCGCAAACAAUCUUUACGUUUCCACUUACACAAUCAUACAAAGGAAAAACUUUUCAAAUGCAAUCUGUGUGAUUCUUCGUUUUCACGUCCUAAUAAUCUUAAAGAUCAUGUGAAAAAUAUUCAUGGUUCUGAUGCUGAUGUAGAUGUUAAAGUUUCCGGAAAGAAAGAGAAAAUAUUUACAUGUGAUUACUGUCAGAAGGCGUUUAAAAGCAAGCAUUCCAUGAAAAUGCACUGUUUGACACAUCAUGUUUCGGAGUCAAAGCCAGCAGAAGAACCUCAUCUAUUCAAAUGUACCCAGGAGAAUUGUGGCUACUCUUCGGUUAACAAAUCUUUGUUGGCCAUUCAUUUGAAUUCCCAUUCAGUGGAAAGUUUCAAAUGCUCGGAAAAGGAUUGUAAUUAUGUGGGCAAGAGUAAAUUACAUUUGAAAAGACACCUCCACUCCCAUUUACCCACCUCUAAAAUAAAACAUUUUGCCUGCGAAAAAUGUGCCUUUAAAACCAACAUAAAGGGUCAUUUACAAAGGCACAUGCGUCAGCAUACCGGCGAAAAGCCCUACUCUUGCCCACAUUGUGAUUUUCGCAGCACCACCUGGGAGAAUUUGCGUAAACACGUUUUAAAAACAGAAAAACAUGCAGGAAAAUUUGUGUUCGAAUGUUGUAAAUGUAAAGAAGAACUGGAGAAAGAUGAAACACAAGAAGAAACUAAAAUUAAAGAAAUAUUCAAGACGAAUUCCCAUCAAGAAUAUCAAAAGCAUUUGAAAAACCAACACAAAAUGGAUAAAUAACGGAAAAAAACA